UUUUAUUUAAACAUAUAAGAUAAUAUACAAUUAAAAAGAUAUGUAUACUGAAAACAGUCCAAGGAAAAUGCAAUUACUGCAAUUAUAUAUUUAGGGUGAAUGUUUAUAUAGUGUAUUAUAGGCUAAAAUGAAUGGUCUUCUGCUGUGCCAAGUAGACAUACCCUGAUGAGACUUCAGAGGAAACAUGUUAGUAGUGGUCACAAUUAUGUCAGGAAUUUGCUUGUCUAUUUUCCCCAGGUAGACAAGCUGAGUGAGUACAAAUAUCUGUAAGCUAGAGGACUGACACAUCUUACAGCCUCUGGUAGAACAUACCGUACAAACAGAGAGAAGAGUUUAACAAGAGAUGAUCUACAGCCCAUAGACACUUUUACAAUAUUAAAAAAAUCUUGUUUUCUUUUCUAUUUUAGUAGGAACCUGUCAUCAUGCUGCCUAAAUCAUUGGAAUGGACCCCCACAGCUUUUCCCUGCUCUACCAGCCUUGAUUGAUACAUUUCUCCUUCUUUGGAUAUAGAGAAGAAUUGAUCAAUAAAGGCCAGGGAGGAGCAGGCAGAAGCCACCAGGGCCGUCCUGAUGACUUGUGAUUCAGAUAACAGAAAGUGAUGACAGGAUCUCUUUAACAAACCUACACUUGCUUGCUAUUGUUAAAUCCAGGUCUUCUUCUAAAACAAAAAAUCCUAUUCACUUCCUGUAGUCUCUCUGAUAAAUGUCUUUCUUAAUGCUUUCCCCAUGUUGGACAGCCUUAUCCUGGAUGGACAGUCCCCCUACACUGUGUCCUAGGGAUCACCAGACUCCAUACACUGUUUCCUGAGGAUGAACAGAUUACCUAUACUGAGUCGUAUUGAUGGACAUAUACUGUGACUCCAUAUACUGUGUCUUAGCGAUGGAUAGGCUCCCUACAUUGUGUCCUAGAGAUAGAAAGGCUCUGUUAUAGACAUGGGCAGGUUACGUAUACUUUUUUAUGGACACUCAUCUUGUAGAUUUUCCUAGAGACAUACAGGCUGCCUACUCUCUCCUAUGGGAAAUGUAAAAUAGAAAAUAGUAACAUCGGGCUUUUUAUCACCAUCUUAUAAGUAUAUUUCUUUUUAAUUCAAUCAAUUACUUACAACUUCAACCCAACCUAAAACUGACUGUGACUUCAUGGCCCUGCUGUUUAGACCUCUCCGUGGACAGUCAUGCUAUCUUAAAACCCCUUCCAGCAUAGACAAAUAUUACAGCCUUGGAGAGAAAUUCAUGCAUCAUGAGAAAACAUACUGAUAGGUUAAUUUGUCAUUUAGAUUGUGAGCUCCACUGGGGACAGACAACCUCUGUGAUAACCUCUGUACAGCUCUGCGGAAUAUGUUUUCACUAUAAUUAUUAUCAUGAUUACUAUUAUUAUUAGUGACCAUCUAAAGGUGCUGGCAGAGGUGACAUAACAUUUGCCAGUGUUCUGCUAAUGUAGUCAGGAAGAUCAACUGCAGGAAAUUUUGUACACAGGUAAAAGUUAGAUAUAAUGGAAUUGAUGUAGAUUCAAUUCACAAAGUGCCAUGCAUAUAUAGCAGGAUACUGUGCAGUCUGGUACCAUCUCAGAACUUCAAGGGGUAUUCCCAUCUCCUGAUCUUGACUUUCUGGCCUGUUUGCAACUGCUGGAGAUGAUCAGAAAGCGGAAAGCCCUUGAAGCGGGAAAGUUAUGCAACCUGUGAAACUCCAAUUGACUUUAAUGGGAAUUGCGCAAAUGCAGCAGCCCCACGAGCUACGUUGUUUAUGUAACUUUGGGAGUUGGAAUGCAGUUUGUCUUUGGGAUCAUUUAGCUGAAAAAUAAUCCAGAAGGCAAACUGCAUUCUAUCCAGAAUGCACAGAACCACUUGAAAGUGAAAACCCCAUGCAACACAGACACCUGUGAGGGCAGGAAGUACAACAUAGGACAGUGCUGGCGAAUAGGUGCACACCCACUGAAAAACUGAGAACUGAAAUGGAGAUGAUAGCUUGAAUAAAAUAAAUACAUACAACAGUGCAAAUCUAUGGCUCUGAGGACACCAAGUGAGACCAGAUCAUUUUUAAAUUCUUUUAAAUACUAAUGUACAAUUAAAAAUUCUUAUUAAUGAUAAUAAUAAUAAUCAUUCCUGUAUUUAUAUAGCACCAACAUAUUCCACAGCACUCUACAGUGCUUGACCAUUUUAGAUCCCCUCUACAGUAUAUAGGCAGACUCACUAUUGCAGUGACUGUGUUAUGUGAAGUCUCUUGGUAUGAGUACAGCCUCUCUGCUUUCCCAGCUCCACAGUCUCUUUAGGUAUUGUACAUAUAGACAUCUGUCAGUCUCUUCCAUAUAUAUAUAUAUUUGGAGUUUCUUGCAGGGUGGGGACUCUCUUGCCCAUCAGGCCCUGACACUUGUCUAUAAGCAUAUAUCUCAGCAGUCCCAUAACCUUGCAGCUUUUUUACAUCUGUCACUGUAAGGACAUAAUGGGACAUCUCUCACACCAUGCACACCAUACAACCUGUCAGCACCCACCACUUCAUCUAACUUUAUUCACUCUCAAGACAGACUUUGCUUGAGAUCAUUUCAGCCAGACAGUCUCAGUGCAAGAAACGACCCCCAUGCCUCCAGCCUCUGUCAUGAUUGACACCUCCUUAUAUACUGUACAUGCAGGAAAUGCAAACCUUCACUCUGUAGCAGUAUACGGCAGGCAAAGCACAGCAGACACUAUUAAGAGCGGCAGCCUCCACCUUUAUCCAUCCAGAUUCUACUAAAAAGGACAUAGCCUUGUUCCAUGCAGCCUCUACUAAGACAGAUACAACCUUUUAUGCCUAUGGCCUCUACUAAGAUAGUUACAGCUCCUGGAGUACAGGCCAGUGGAAGGAUCUGUGGUCAAGGCAGGGUUAAGCUGACUUGAAGAUGAUGCUGAGAGGGCAGUUUUUGCUGUUCGUGCUAGUUUCUUUGUCUUGUACCGCUCAAGAAAGUAGAGGAGGAUAUGGGAUGAAUAUGUUUUCCAUCCAGACGUCACAGCCUGAUCCAUGCUACGAUGAGAAUGGGAACCCUAGGAGAUGUAUUCCGGACUUUGUAAACUCAGCUUUUGGGAAGGAAGUCAAAGUGUCAAGCACCUGUGGGAAGAACCCAUCAAGGUAUUGUGUGGUGACGGAAAAAGGGGAGGAUAGAUUCAGGAACUGUCAUUUUUGCAAUGCCUCGGACCCUAAAAAAGCCCAUCCGCCCUCUUUUCUAACUGAUCUCAACAACCCCCACAACCUCACCUGCUGGCAAUCAGAGAACUAUAUACAGUAUCCUCAGAACGUCACCCUAACCUUGUCCCUAGGGAAGAAGUUUGAGGUGACUUACGUGAGCCUCCAAUUCUGUUCUCCAAGACCGGAAUCCAUGGCUAUUUUCAAAUCUAUGGACUAUGGGAAAUCGUGGGUACCAUUUCAGUUCUACUCAACCCAAUGUCGAAAAAUGUACAAUAAACCCAAUAAAGCAGUCAUUACUAAGCAGAAUGAGCAAGAGGCUAUCUGCACAGACUCUCAUACAGAUAUGCACCCUCUCUCUGGAGGUUUGAUAGCCUUCAGCACCUUGGAUGGUAGACCCUCUGCACAUGACUUUGACAACUCCCCAGUCCUUCAAGACUGGGUGACAGCCACGGACAUCAAGGUGGUGUUUAGUCGUCUUCACACUUUUGGAGAUGAAAAUGAAGACGACUCAGAAUUGGCCAGAGACUCUUACUUUUAUGCUGUUUCUGACCUUCAAGUUGGAGGUCGGUGUAAGUGCAACGGACAUGCCUCGAGAUGCGUUAAAGAUAGAGAUGAUAACCUGGUGUGCGACUGCAAGCACAACACUGCUGGACCUGAGUGUGACCGCUGCAAACCUUUCCACUACGACAGACCUUGGCAGCGAGCAACAGCGAGAGAGGCCAACGAGUGUGUGGCCUGCAACUGUAACCUGCAUGCACGCCGCUGCCGUUUCAACAUGGAGCUCUUCAAGCUGUCGGGACGCCGGAGCGGAGGGGUCUGCUUGAACUGCCGGCAUAAUACUGCUGGUCGUCACUGCCACUACUGUAAGGAGGGUUACUACCGGGACAUGACCAAGCCCAUCACCCACAGAAAAGCUUGUAAAGCCUGCGACUGCCAUCCGGUUGGUGCGGCCGGCAAAACCUGUAAUCAGACCACAGGGCAAUGUCCUUGCAAAGAUGGUGUGACUGGUAUAACGUGCAAUCGAUGUGCCAAGGGCUACCAACAAAGCCGCUCUCCCAUUGCCCCCUGCAUAAAGAUACCUGUAGCUCCUCCCACUACGGCAGCCAGCAGCACAGAGGAACCAGCCGACUGUGAGACUUACUGCAAAGCAUCAAAAGGAAAGCUAAAGAUUAACAUGAAAAAGUACUGCAAGAAGGAUUAUGCGGUUCAGAUUCAUAUCUUAAAGGCCGACAAAUUAGGAGAUUGGUGGAAAUUCACAGUCAAUGUCAUCUCAGUCUAUAAACAAGGCACCAAUCGAAUCCGCAGAGGGGACCAGAAUCUUUGGAUCCGUUCGAAAGACAUCGCCUGCAAGUGCCCAAAACUCAAGCCUAUGAAGAAGUACCUCCUCCUGGGCAACGAUGAGGACUUACCUGACCAAAAUGGGGUGGUGGCAGACAAGACCAGCUUGGUCAUACAGUGGAGGGACACAUGGGCCAGACGGCUGAGAAAAUUCCAACAGCGAGAAAAGAAAGGAAAGUGCAAGAAAGCCUAGAGGCUCAGAAGAUCGAGGGCCCUCGAGGGAGAAUCCUGAGUUAUGUAGAAGAGUGAGGGAGGACCGUAAUUGCUGCUUGCUGUAGAGUCUGGAGCAGAUAGGUUUAUCGAUUAGAAAUUUUUUAAUUUUUUAUUUUCCCAAUAUUUUCCCAGAAGGAGGCUGAAAACUCACUUUUCAAAGCUGGUCGUUGAUAGAGGAGGUGGACAGGAUGAGAGAGCGUCACUUUUACUCAUGGACCUGAUGCGUUUGCACCUAAUAUGUAGAGUUGAUUCACAGACACCAGAUCACAGGACAGAGAGGAGAAACAAGAAAAAGGGGGGUGGGAGUGGGCUUGGGGGAAAGAGUUGUUGCAGAGAGAUUUAUGGCCAUGCAAGCUGUGAAAUUUGCACCUGUUCAGUAUCUCCUACGUUGUGAGUCAUUAAUUGUAGAAACAUUUCUCACGUUCUGCAGAGUUAAAGCCCUCUGGCUUCUUUUGCAUUGAGAUGGAAUGGGGAUAGACAACCCCUCCUAGCAGUAACCUGUAAAAACACCCCUGAGGGCGGGGAUAAUUUUUGUUGAUCGCCACAUUGCAACCAGGCAACAAGCAAAAGGGUUAAUGCAGCGCUAUUCCUGAUAUAUUGUAUUGUCGUUCGAGCUCCCUCACCCCCAUACAUUUUUAUUUUUAGGUGCUGACUACUAGGUAUGAAAAACCUAGGAAAAAAAGAUUAAUUUGUAAAAACAAAACGCAAAUCCUAACAUUUUAAAGUAUGUAUAUCAUUGAAAUAACUUGUUUUUUAAGAAAACAAAUCUUUAUGUUGUGUUUUUGUAUAUGUUUAAUAACUCCCCCCAUUACCUGCUCAAACUGUACAUAGCAAUGCAUACAGGAUUGACAGUAUUAGCCAGUCAGGACAGGGGUGGGAGGGGAUUAAAGUAAACUUGUCAGCAGAGAUUAUUAUAUAUAUACUGAUUUAAGAAAAAUAUAUAUGGAGUUGAUGUAGCUUGUGUUUAGACCCAGGGGUCCAGGACACCUGUACUGUGUUUUUAAUAUGCUCCUUUUUAGAGGGGUUCCACUAUCUACAUUAAAGGGGUACUCCGGUGGAAAACUUCUUUUUUUUUUUUUA